AACUUUUAAAGUCUGUUACUUUCACAUACCGAGUGGCGGCGUGCAAAUAAUAUGCGAGUUCUUAACUUCUACCAUGGUGCAAAAUUUUCAUUGAAUUCACCGAGCUCGAAAAUCAUAUACUCUGCUGGUUUAAGAGCUCCUAGGGAGACCUAGUUUCCGAGCUAAUAUCGUGAGGGUACUGUAUAACAGAUAGAAGUGUACAGCGAAGGUGGGUCGGUCACCUGGAGAUAACUGUAAAAUGUCAUCGACGAAUGUGUGUCAGGAAUGGAUUUGACGCUCAUCGGUGACACUUGUGGGAUCUGUUGUCACAUUAAUUAUGUUCUAUCGAUAUUAAUUUGAUUGAUAAGAGAGCGGCUACAUAGACAAACAGCGUCUUCUGUCAAUUUACUUCAAUAUUGCAGAUAAUAAUACAUAUAACAUGGAGGGACCAGAAAUAACAUUUUUAUUUCAAUUUGGUUUGACUCGUGACACUGUCACUGUUGAUGGCAGCACGUUAACUCUUAGGGCUCUUAAAGAAUUUGCCUGCGAUUUUAUAAACACUAAAUGUCCUGAGCAUGGUUUGAAUCACUUGUUUGAACGAUUGCUUUUAUUUAAGCAUGAUUAUAAUUCUACCAAUAUAUUACAACUGAUCACAAAUACAACAGAAGUUGUUGAUGAAACUUUGGUAGAGAUUGUUUUGACUGCACAAGUGCCAAACGAGGAAGUUCCCAUUCGUUCUCAUGCUUUAAGUGUUCACUCAUAUAAGGUUCCAACAUUUUGUGAUUUUUGUGGAGAAAUGUUAUUUGGUCUUGUUCGACAAGGUUUGAAAUGUGAAGGUUGUGGAAUGAAUUAUCAUAAAAGAUGCGUUAUUAAAAUACCUAAUAAUUGCUCACAAGAUGUCAAUCAAAGACGUCGCAGUUCAGCAAUGCUAAAUGUACCCAGAUCUCCGAGUCAAGGAUCUACCAGUAGUUUGACCAGCAUCAGUGAUGAUAAUCAUAGUACAAAUAAUAUGCCGAAUGUGAGCCAAAAUAGUAGUACUUUGACAAUACCAAGUAUAAUGGCUCCAAAACAAUCCCGCUCUCCCUCACUUGGAGGAAGACCAGUAUGGGUCGAACGAGAACUUGCAACACGUAUAAAAAUUCCGCAUACAUUUGUGGUGCAUACAUACACUAGGCCAACUGUAUGCGGACACUGUAAAAAAUUGCUAAGAGGUUUAUUUAAACAAGGCCUCCAAUGCAAAGAUUGUCAGUAUAAUGCACAUAAAAAGUGUAUUGAUAAAAUACCUAAAGACUGUACCGGAGAAAAUCCACGAGACAAUACAGGUAAUGAGUAUCCUGAUAGUGGAGUUGGCAGUGAACCAGAAGGUAAAUGCGAUGGAAGGAAUGAAGAAGGCGACGGUGAUAGUGAUGCUGAAUCUCCAUCACCCCCUCAACAUUCUUCAUUUGCAGGAGAUGAAACAAAAUCUUCUGAAGAUUACACUGAUCAAGUUCCAAGCAAUGAUGAUACUAUUUAUGAUGAAUUUCAAAAGUCGAGACCAUCGAGUUGCAGUUCCACACCAAGCAAUAACAUUCCUUUAAUGCGUAUAGUGCAAAGUAUAAAGCACAGAAAACGACGUGGGUCAAAAGUUCUGAAAGAAGGUUGGAUGGUGCAUUUUACAAACCUUGACCCAAUGAGAAAAAAACAUUACUGGCGUCUUGACACAAAAGCUAUAACAUUAUUUCACAGUGAAAGUAGUUCCAAAUAUUAUAAAGAAAUUCCAUUAGUUGAAAUAAUAUCGAUUGAAACUGCAAAAACGUCUCGUUCAAGCACAAUGCAUUGUUUUGAGUUUAAAACUGCCAAUGUUGAGUAUUAUGUUGGGGAAGAUUCUUCGUUUGGAGAUAAUUGUAGCCAAGUUCCUCCUCCUCCAGAAAGUGGAAUUGGAGUACACGUAGCUAGAUCAUGGGAAACUAUUAUUAGACAGGCUCUUAUGCCUGUAACAACUGUAUCGAGUAGUCAAGAACAGUCUACAGAACCAGAAGAAAAUGUCACAGACAUGUCUCAGUUGUAUGAGAUCUUUCCAGAUGAGGUAUUGGGUUCUGGUCAGUUUGGUACUGUAUAUGGUGGUGUUCAUCGUAAGAGCGGUCGAGCAGUUGCCAUAAAAGUUAUCGAUAAGCUACGUUUUCCUACAAAACAAGAAGCACAGCUUAAAAAUGAAGUUGCUAUUCUACAAAAUCUUUCUCAUAGCGGUGUUGUUAAUUUAGAACGGAUGUUUGAAACUACAGAACGUAUAUUUGUAGUAAUGGAGAAAUUGAAAGGAGAUAUGUUAGAAAUGAUACUGAGCUCGGAACGCGGCCGCCUCAGUGAGAGAGUCACUAAAUUCUUAAUUACACAGAUACUGAUAGCGCUGAAACAUUUACAUAGUAAGAAUAUAGUGCAUUGUGAUUUAAAGCCAGAAAACGUGUUGUUAAGCAGUGACAAUGAAUUUACCCAAGUAAAACUGUGCGACUUCGGUUUUGCAAGAAUCAUAGGAGAGAAAAGUUUCAGAAGAAGCGUUGUUGGUACUCCUGCAUAUUUAGCCCCAGAAGUUUUAAGGAACAAAGGAUACAAUCGAUCUCUAGAUAUGUGGAGUGUUGGUGUAAUUAUUUAUGUAUCUUUAAGCGGUACAUUCCCAUUUAACGAAGAGGAAGAUAUUAAUGAACAAAUUCAAAAUGCUGCUUUCAUGUAUCCUCCUGAUCCAUGGAAAGAGAUUUCGUCGGAUGCAAUUGAUUUAAUAAAUAAUUUAUUACAAGUAAAACAAAGGAAACGAUACACUGUAGACAAAAGUUUACAGCAUACAUGGCUACAAGAUUAUCAAACGUGGUGUGAUUUACGAGAAUUAGAGGCAAAAGUGGGUUAUCGUUAUUUAACUCAUGAAAGUGAUGAUGCUCGGUGGCUGGCGUACAGUAAUCAACGCACAUGACAGAAUUGUUCGCCUACAUUAAACAUAAAAACAUUGCCAAAUAAUUUGUCAUUACACAAAGGUUGGGCUCGAAAAGCUCGAGCCACUUUACAGCGUUUUAUUCGUGCCUGACUUGGAUAAGUUCGUAGAAGGGAGUACAAUUUUAUCUCUUAUUUUAAAUGUUAGAAUACUGAUAGUAAACCAACGCAUCAAUGAUGAACGUAUCUUUCAAGAUAUUUGCGUAGGAAAUAAGAAUCUUACUUAAUGACAUUUUGAUCAGACUGCAAUAUGUAAGAUAAGACACUGAACAAGAUAUUGUAGUGAAAUGCAACAGUAAUGUGCAUACAAACUCUAAAACUUCAGUGAAAGUUAAAUAACAGAUCUAAAUAUGCUUCAAUAUUGUGAGAUUUUAUUGUAGUUAUCAGAUUGUAUAACAACAAAUGUUUUAAAGAAUGGUAUACAUGGUAUAAUUGUGUAAUAUGUUAUAACAAUUACAUAAUUUUCGUUUUCUUAGAUAAAUAAUUAUUUUGCGUUUUUAUAUCACUUUAAUAUUCUUCUAAAUGCAUAAUAUUUUACAAGUAACUUAUAAAUACUAAUUUUGUAUCAUGAAUGACAUCUAACAUAUUUUCUGAUUUAAUAUAGAGUUGAAACUGUAGUAUAGUUCAUAAUUGCACAAAUGUUGCUUGGAAGUACUGCUAGUAGAUUUAUAUAAAUAUAAUAAUAUAUUACAUACAAAGAACUACAAAUAAUACGCAUUACGCAUUGUGUACUAUGAUCAGAAUGACCAAGUUAAUGUGAUCACUGAAAAUACUUUUAUUGUUUUCAGUAAAAUAGAAAUGAAAAAAAAGUUGUACUAUUAUAAAUAUCGAAACAUUUAUUGAAAUCAAACUUCCUCAGAUUUCAAGAUUACCUAAUUAAGUUAUACCAUUGUUUUAAGGAAAAUUUGUUCUGUAAAUUGUAGAGAUAUUUUGAGUAGUCACAUUAAUGAAACGAUCUGGUUAAAUAUUUGGCAUGUCUUUGAAAUUAAUGAUGGGAUUAGAUUAUAUACAUGUAGAAGCUUCUUUUCAAAUUUGUAGAAUUAGACAAGAAUAUAAAGAAAAAAGAUUUUUACUCCGCAUUUUCUCUUAAAAGUGUCUAAACUUAAAAAUUAGAAGCUUCAAUGUCUAUAUCUCUCAUCUGAUUUUUGAAAACAUAGCAAUUUACUAAUGAAGUCAUAGACAUUUGGUAGUCUGUCCUUGCAAAGUAUUAUAAUAAGAUCAUAACAUGAAUAUUGUUUCCUAAUGCUUCCAACUACAAACAUUCGCCUGUACUGAUUAUAAAGAAAGAAAUUAAUUGUAAUGUAAGUACACUUCAAAUAAUUGGACAUUUCUUGGAAAUAUCCUUAAGGAUGUCCUAUAUAGUAUUGUGGACAUAAUCGCUAAUGUGAUAAAUUUUGUAUUAGGAAGUAGCAAUCAAAAAUCUGUUAAAAUUAUUCGCUCAUUGGCAUACAGUAGAAAUGAGUUGAGUGUUCUGAAUGUAUUUAUUGUUCCAUUUUACUACUGAACAGU